UGAUACUGGAUCUAGCGUUCUCCCUCAAAUUGGCCCGCCGACCGCCCCGUCGUGCCCUUUUCGGGAUUUAUGCAGCCAAGUCAGCCUGAACGCUGCCUUUCCAGGCUGUACGCCCUUUCUUCCUUCUGACCCGUGUUGUGUCGUAUGGUUGUUCGAUGCGCAUUCACACUAACGCCGACUUGCUACUACACGCAGAGUAAGACAAUUUGACUCCUUUUGAGUUUCCCCGCGUAGAUUUUGGAGUGUCCUUCAAAAUGUUUUCCUUCAUUCUGUAUAUAACAGCAUUGACCAGUGGAAAAGCUUGACGUCCAACCCUCCUUGUUUUCCAUACGAUGCGCCGAGCAUUUGUGGUACCUCUUCUUCUAAGUACAACCGUUUUCUGCCAGCAGAUUUGGGACAUCUGGCAAACAACCUGGGACAGAUCCAAGCUCUUUACCUCGCUCGCCCCUUCCACACCGAUAAACUUUCAGUCUCCCGAUAGCAUUGGGAGUGCAGACAUUGUUGUAAAUGAUACCUCCACAUACCAGUCGGUCUGGGGGUUCGGUGGAUCGCUUACUGAUUCGUCUGCGUUGAUAUUGAAUAACUUGAAGUCUACAAAUCCCAGCAAUUACUGGACGCUUAUGAAAUAUCUCUUUGAUCCCACAGACGGUGCAAACGCUGCAGGUUUGAAUUAUAUUCGUGUACCUCUGGGUGCAUCCGAUUUCUCCGCAAGCCAAUACAGCUUUGAUGACUCGAACGGUGACAUGUUCUUCGCCAAGUUCAACAUAGAUGCUGCGCCAUCAUAUCUGUUCUCCAUCCUCAAGGACAUAAUCUCCAUCAAUAGCCUCGUGAAGGUACAUGUUCUGCCUUGGUCUCCCCCUGGAUGGAUGAAAGAUAGCGGAACGAUGAACGGAGGAACUCUCAAGCCAACGAUGGUUACCAAAUAUGCGACAUACCUCCUCAAAUGUCUUCAGGGAUUCCAAUCUAAAGGCAUACCGAUUUAUGCCAUAUCGAUACAGAACGAGCCCCAGAACAACUUAAACGCGUCUCCGACUGCCACUUUCACUGCGGCUAUCGAGGGAAGAAUCGGGACGGCUUUGAGGGCGCUGAUGGAUAACUUUGGUUUCGAAUCGGUAAAGCUCAUCGGGUGGGACCAUAACUGGGAUGGUGCUGGAAGCUACGCUAUCGACCUUAUGGACGCAGCUGGUGACGCUUUUGAUGGUGUGGCCUUCCACUGUUAUGCGGGAAACGUUGCUGAACAGGACACUUUUCACACUAAAUAUCCUGACAAAGAGAUCUACUUCACUGAAUGCACGGGAAGUUUAGGCAGUGACUGGUGGAGCGACAUCAAGUGGUACAUGGACAAUAUUUUCAUAGGCGCAAUAGAGCACAACUCUCAUUCUGGUCUCAUGUGGAAUAUUGCUCUUGAUGGUAACGGAGAACCUAGAUACCCUGGGACGACUAGCUGCAGCGAAGGCUGUCGGGCUAUUGUUCAAGUCAAUUCCGAUGGAACAUACAGUGUUAAUCAAGAAUUCUACGCCAUGGCCCAAGCAUCUAAAGCUAUUAUUCCGAAGGACAAAGGAGGCCCAUUCGGUAAACGCGUCAAAGUCAGCGUUGGUGGCAAUUUGAGUUGGGCUCUUCGUGUUGGCGCAUACGUUACAGGAAGGACCUCAUCAUCGGACUGGUUGAGAUAUUCUCUGGUUGUGCUGAAUUGGGACGAUCAUCCUAAUGGCACGUGGAGUCCUCAACCUGUCGACACUACGAUAGAAUUCAGGGGCAUGCAGGCUAGGUACACUUUCCCCGUUGGCGUCACAACUCUGUGGUGGUACGGCUCCCCUCAGUCAUCGUUGGUUCAAGAGCCACUCGAGGUCUACGCCCAAACUGGACAGAACGAGCCAGAGAGAUUAAAGAUGUCUCUGGAAACACGAGACGAGCUGUAAAUGGAAGCAUAAUAAUAUGGCCUUCGAAUGUAAUUUAGUAGCUCUUUAAUUAGUUCAUUCCUACGUCUGCUCUAUACCUUACGGUCUAGACUCUAGUAGACCUUAGCCCUUCGAACAGAACACGUGAUGGCGAUUUCCAAUUUC